ACGGUCAUGGAGGGGCGCGGAAGUGCCGUGAAGACACCGGCUAGCAGGAUUGUUAAGCGAAGAAGUAAGAGUUAUGGCCGAAGCUGCGUUGAACCUCCUUCUCAGUUUUGGUACACUCCUGGCCAGUUAACAAUUGUGAGGAUACCAACCAGCAGAGAGGCCGCGAAGUCACGAAACAUCACAGAGAAGGUUGACCCAGAGAAAGUUGCCCUUUUGGUGAAAAAUGAAUGGAAGCUGUCGCACGUGACACCACUGUACCGGUUCAGACACACACAACUGAAACAAUACUCCCGGCACCUUUCUGCUUUUAUCAUGGCCGAGAAGCAGCAGGGUGUUGCGGUUGAAGUUGGUCCGGAGACAACGUUUAAGGUUACGUUUUCAACAGUUCUUGGUCUGGCAGAGACAGAAGAGGAUGCAGAGACUGUUUUCAUACAGAUUCACUCCAAGCCCAUGUUUGCAGCGGCAGGGGACGUCCCAAAGGUUGUGUGGAGCGGUUGGCUGACCUGCGUUAAUGGCGAUCCUGAGUACCUCAGAUCUCUGCCCCCCGACUUCGUCAGCCUGCCCUUGUUUUGCACCAAUGGGCCGGAAGCUCUGACAACCCUGGUUAAGUCCUGGCUUGAGAGGACUUUCGACUGUAACUGUCGCUCACUCAUUCUAAACUCCACCAUCCUCAACUGGCUCGCCGUCCUCUGGACGGGUUGUCACCCCACCACUGACAUCAGAUACCUGAAGCUGGAUUGGACUCUUCCUACUGAUCCGUCCUUGGAUAUAUCGUACAGGUUAAGCCCGCAGGACGUCUGGGAGCUGUGGAACAGCAUCCAUCAGGAGGACAGUGCGGAUGACACAGUCAGUCUGGAGGAGGUCAACCGGUUCAUGACGGGACUGGAGUCACAUUUCUUCAGACACUUUAGGAUCUAUCUGUCUGCAGGAACGCUCAUGAAAGUCUCCACUUCCCUGGGAUCUGCACAUCACAAUGGAAAGAUUAAGAUUGCCUGCAGCAACUACAUCCCCACAGUCCUGACACUGCUAACAGAAUGCGCCAUUCUGAGAAUGCCAAUCUAA